AACGAUAAACGUUACUUAACAAACCUAAUGAUAUUCAUUGUACAUACACGUGAGAAAUCCCAUUGAAAUUGAUAGAAUCGCCUUAUGCUACACCAGUGUUGCGUUAAGCUCUGAGCCAUCCACUCGCACAUUAUGUGGAAGGUCAUAGUAUUUGUCGGUAUUGUUACUGCCGCUCCGAGAGACAACUUCGCCGGCGUAGACUUCAAUCCUAUCAACGAAUUUACGCUGAAACUCCUUGACAAUACAUACGCGUUCCAAGAAAGCUUCGGAGAAAAGAACAUCGCCUUAUCACCUCUCUCUGCUUGGAGCAUAUUUUCCUUACUAGCCGAGGGAUCAGCCGGUGAAACUUUUCUAGAACUAAUGAAAGUGCUAAGACUACCGAAUGAAUUGCGCGCCACACAGGCACUACAUGAAGCAGUUACUAAUUUGUUAAAGUGUAAAAACGAUGACGUCACACUGAAAAGUCAGACGGCUAUGUUUUCGGAUGAAAGUUUCCAGAUACAUUCAGAGUUUUGCAAAUCUGCAUACUAUUACAAGACAGAUGUAUAUUCUGCGAAUCCAGCCAAUGCUAGUAAGCUCGCGAAUGACAUUAACUAUUAUAUUUGUGAUGCAACAGAAGGCAGAAUACGACAGGCAGUGCAACCUGAGCAUCUUGAAAAUUUAGUAGUGAUUUUAAUUGAUGCUCUUUACUUCAAAGCCAGUUGGACACAUCCUUUCGACACAACACAGACAAAAGAAGAAACCUUCUAUAACUCUCAAGGUAAAUCAAUUGGGACAGUAAACAUGAUGUAUCACAAAGCACCGCACAAUAUUGGAGAUUCAACACAAAUUGGAGCACAAAUUUUAGAAAUGACCUAUGGCAAAAACGAGCAGUUUUCCAUGCUCAUUCUAGUGCCAUUCGAUGGAAUACCAAUACAGAAGAUGUUGAACAACUUGGCAACGCAGCCUCUUGACUGGAUGACGGAGUACAAAAUAUCUGGGAGUUUGCCAGACAUCGAUUGUUACAUACCGCGUUUUAAGAUAUCAUCUCGAACUGACUUGAUUCCCCCAUUACAAUACAGUGGCAUGCAGAGAAUAUUCGAUAGAAAUAAUGCUGAGCUGCCGGGCGUAUCUGAUAGUCCUUUGUUUGUUUCGAAAACAGUUCAGAAUGUAGAGAUCGAGGUGACUGAGGAGGGAACAGUCGCAGCAGCUUCAACGAUAGUCGGUUUAGAAGAUAGAAUUUUAGGACAGCGUUUUGAAGCCAACAAAGAAUUCGCAUUUAUUGUGAUGGAAAGGUCGUCUGGUUUAAUGUUGCUUGCUGGUGUUUAUGCGGAACCACAGGUUGUGUGAAUGUGUUCAAUAAAAACAUCUGAGACUG